AUGGAUUAUGGAUUUUAUUUUAGAGAUAUUGAUAACGCUUAGAAGCUUAAGUAAUAAAAAAAAGAUAUUUUAGAAUAAGCCAAUACUAUAGUAGAUAAAGAAGAAAACUUUUAAGAAUAUUUGAAGUAAAGAUGGAAAAUAUGCAAGGGACUUUUUGCAGUUAAAUACUUAGAAAUUCACCUUGAGUUAGAUAAUAAAUUUCCAGAAAAUAGGUAUUUAUAAUAAACAAAAAAGGAGUAACAAUUGUAACUGUAACUAAUGAAAACAGAUGAAAAUUAUAUAAGAAAGUUAGAAAAAAGCUUAAACAAAUUCUUAGAAUAUAGAGAAUAAGUUACUGAUGAAGAAAUCAAAACUGAAAUUUUAAUUUUAGAUUUAGUUGUUUUGCUUUUUAAGAUAAGACUUGGUAUCAGAAAAUAGAAUUUACCAGAAAUAAUGGCUCUCUUUGAUGAUUAUUAAAUGUUCAUCAAAGAAAUGAUGAGUUUUUAGCAUUAUGGAUGGAUUAUAAUUUAAUCUAUCCUUAUUAUUUUUGGUAUGUGUAGAUACUAGACUGAAGAUUUUAAAGGAAGUGCAAUUUUAUUUAGAAAAGCUAUAAAGCUUAGCACAAUUAUGAUUUAAUCAGAUUUCUUUUUAGAAGUAUUUUUUUCUAACCCAGAGAAAAAAAUGAAGCUUUAAAUAAUCAUUUAUGACUGUGAAAUAUUACUAUCUAAGGCAAUAUUUGAAAUGACUAAGUGUCUCAAAGAAUCUAUAUAGCUUGAAUAAAUUAUACUCAAAAUAGAUAGUGAUGCUUUUCUCAAUGCUCAGUAAAAAUAAGAAAUUUUUGAGAAAUUCAAAAAACAAUAUGAAAAGCAAAGAGCUACAAUCAUAAAAAAUGGAGGCCAGACAAAAAACACAGAUUCUGAGCUAGGUUCAGUAACUAAUGAUAAACAAUUUUAAAGAAAGGACUCCUAACUUAAUUUUUAGAAACUUGCUUUAGAAGUUUCAUAAAAAUCAAAUAAGUUUUAGUAACAAUCAAACUCAAGCUAAAAAAAGAAAAUUGCAUUUUUGAUCAGCCAGAAAAACAAUGAGAAAUGGUUUAAAAAUGCAAUGCAAAGCAAUAAUAUUUAAACUAAUACUCCAGUCUUUCAUUAAAAUUCAAAAUAAAGUUUAUCAAGAGGAACAACCUAAAGUCUUUCUAGAGGUGGUAGUUUAGCCAAUUAAUCUCCUACUCAAAAGAAAGAAAAUCCAUUUACUUUACAAGUUCCUUCAUAAAAUAAUUCAUAAUUAAAUAAUUCUUUCUCAAAGCAAAUUAAACCUCAAGUAAAAAGCAUGCUUUUGUAAACUGUAUCAAAUUUAAUGUCUAAAAAAAAAUCUAUUUUAUAGUCACCUGCAAAUUUGGAAAUUCAGUCGCCAAAUCCUAACUUAGCUGCAAGAAGAUCAAUGGCUAGAUAAUCAAUUUUAGUAGGGAACACUAAUAUUAAAUAAUAUUUGGCCAAUAUCGAAGCUUAAAAAAACUCUCCCGGUAACAUCAAGUAGAGAGAAGGUCCUUAUGAGAUUGAUGACGAAGAUAUAGAAAAUUUAGGUAAUAAUCUUUCAGAAUUAAGUAUCACUCUCCCUCAUGAUAAUUAAAGUUUUAUGGAUCGCUUUACUGAUUAGCAAUAGGAAGAUAAAAAAUAUGAGAAAAUAAGAUCCUUGAAUUUUUAAAAUAAUAUGAUCAUAUAAAAAGAUAUUUUAGUAGAAAGAAUAAAUUUGUUUAAAAAGCUCAAAGGAGGUGCUAAAUUAUUCUCUGAUUAUAAUUUAGAAGAUUAAAUACAAGACAAGUAAAGACUUGAAAUUGAGUAAUCGCUAGGAAAAGAGGUAAAAGAAAGAUUCAAAUAGAAUCUAGUUCCUAUCUAUAAAGAAACAUAACAAUAAUAAUCUAAAUAACCAAGCGAAUAAAUCAUGGAAUAAAGUUAGCAAUCUUAAUAAUUUUAAAUUAAAAUAGUAUCUCAUCAUAAGAAAGCAAAAAGUAUGCAAUUUUCCGAUGCCUAACAUUUCUCAAGUACUUAACUUUCAAUGAAUCUUCAAUAAUAAUAGCAACCUAAGACUAAUAAUUAUAAAUCUAGCUAACAAAUCAACUCUUAAGAGAAAUUAAGUCAGCAUAAUUUAAGUUAAGAUAAAAAAAUAAAGAGCAUGACCAGCUUGAAAGGCCAUCACCAUCAUAGAGUUUAGUCAGCUUAAUUACACUCUGGAGGUAAAACUUAAAACAACUUAUUUUAAAAUACUUAAAAUUAAUAAAUGAAUGAAUAACAAAAACUAUAGCCAGUCUUUUAACAUCAAUUGGCUAUUCCACUUUAAAUUUAAAUAAAGAAUCAAAAUUAAAAUCCAUAUUAUAGUUAGAGUGCUUAAAUUUCUCCUCAAUCUAAUAAAAAUGUAUAAAAGUCAAAUAUCUCUAUUCUAUCUCCUUAAAAUAAAAAUUCUAUUUCAAUGAACAAAAUGAACAUAUACAAUUACCAAAAUUUUAUGAAAACAUCAUAAGAAUAAAAGUUCAGUAAUAUCAAAUAGUAAAAUGGUUCGGCCUCAAAGUAAUCAAUAAUCAAUUAAAUCAAUAGUUCAAGUAGUAAAAAAUAAAUUAAGUAAAAUUCUCCUGUUACUUCUAUGGAAUUCAUAUAAGACUACAAUGGAAAUAUUGGGUAUAAAUAAUAAAAGAAUAGCUUAAGUAAUAUCCAUUCACCAGAAAUGAGUUCUUUUUCAACUGAAAGAACUAAUGAUUCAAGGGUAUAUAAGUCUGCCACAGGAAAGAACUAAAAAAAGCUUUCCAAUAUCAUAGGAAUAGACCAAGCUAACUCAAUUAUGAAUGCUAGGCCUAAGUGGGAUUUGUCAUCAGCAAGUUCAACAAAAUACGAAGAAAGCAUAAGUCAAAAAAUGAAAAAACCAAAAUCGACAUUAAAUUUAAUAGAUUAAAUAAUUGGAUAAAGUUAAAUUAUAAUGGAAAAUUAAUAUGCAAAUCCUUCAGAUAUUCAUACUCCUUUCCCAUUUAUUUAAUAUGCCCUCAAGAAUGUCGAAAAAGAAAGAAUUUUACAAUAAUUAAUUUAAAAAUCCCAAACUAUUGGUUUAGUUCCCGAGAAUUAAAAGAAUUUCGUUAAAGAAGUUGUUUAAAAAAAAAGAGCAACUCCAAAGCACCUUGAAUAAGAUGAAGUUGAAAAGUUAUAAUAAAAUAUUAGAAGAGAAAUAUUAAAUUAGCAAUCAAAAAUAGAGGAAGAAAUCACUAAAACGGAUAUUGACAAAAUAGAAGAAUCCUUUAACAAGUACUUGCUUGACAAGCAAAAAGGUAUUUGUAUGGAACUUGAAUAAGAAAGAGAAAGGCUAAAAGCCUAAGAAGCUUAAGGCUAAGUAUAAAAUGAAAGGAAAUUAAAAAACAGCUAAUCCAUCGGUUUAGAAAAUCUAAAAAAAUAGUAAAGCAUCAAAGAUGAUAGUAUAAAAAUAUCAACGCACUUUUAAAACUAAUCUAAAAAUGAGAUUUCUCAUUAGUAGCUAUCUAAUUAAGACUCAAUAGUAGGUGAAGAGAAGUUUUUAGAAAUGUAGGAUAUUAGUAGAAAAUAGAAGAGAGAUGAUGGAGGGCUUAAAGAAUUGAUGGAUACUGAAGAAAGCUAAGAUGUUCUAUAUUAAAUUGAAUAAUCAAAAUAUUCAAAUAAUUAAAGCGAAUACCUUGAUAAAGUAGAUAUUUUAGAAGAUGAUGAAGAUGAAGUAUUGAGUUAAAGUUCGAGUGAGUUAACCCACAAAAAGACUAAGAAGAAACCUAUAAGCAUGAUCUUUCAAGAAAACAGUGACAACGAUGCUUUUGCUUCAGAAAAUAUUUUAAAAUAAUUUGAAAAUAUGAAAAAAAAUAAAUUUUCUGGUUAAGAUUCACUAGAAGAUUUAAGUGACGAAGAUAUAAACCAAAAAAAGCAAAAAACUUUCAAGUAACCCAGCUUUGCAGAAAUUUAAUCUUAAAUGGCUAGAGGAAAAAUUAAAAUAAGAAAGCAAAAAGCUCUUUCCUAAAGCUAAAUCUAAUUUAUCAUGAAUGAAGACUAAAAAACAAUGUUUUAGAUUAUAGAUGAAGACAAUAAGCAGGUCAACCUUGAGAAAAAUCAUCCAUCGUUUGAAUUCACAUUUUAUCACCCAUUCAAAAUAGACAAAAUAAAAAUCUAAUUGAAAGCAACUCCUAAUCCAGAUAAAACUUUUACAUAUUUUUUAACAUUUUUGGGAUAUAAUAUUAAUGAUUCUAUGAAAAUCGAUUUUAAUUUUAUUGGGAACUCUAAUGUGAAAAACUUAAUGGAUCAAUACACAAUAUGGCCUCUGGUUUUGGAAUCAAUAAAAAAGCAGCUAGCUUUUUAAGGGUUGGAAGAGAUGAUUAAUGAUAAAACAAUUCAUGAAGGAUAAUAUUUGAUAACAGAUCAAAAUUUACAAAAAUUAGAAGAUCAUGACUAAACAUUAAAUGAUUUGCACGAUUGGAAAGAAAAAAUAGCUCGAACUAAUAUAGGAAGCUAGAGUCUCGCCUAAAAAAAAUUAAAAGGGCACUCAUAAAGCGAAAAUAUUUAAUUUACUAAAGAUGGUCAAGCACGAGUUCUGAAAAGAUAAUCAACAUAUUUCAUGAGAACAAAAUACAAGAUGAAUUAUUUUUGUAAUUUAGAUAAAGAAGAAUAUAAGUAUUUGAAUGAAAAAGAUAUCAAAAGUAUUGGCUCAAUUAAAAAUCUUUUGAAUAAUUACUUUUUAAGUUGCUACGAGCACAGUUAUAGGAUAUCUGGUAAAUAACUGAUUAGAAAAAUAGAAUAAGAAGACAUUAAUUUCAUCUAGGCUUAAAAGACAAUUCAUGAAAUAUUUAAUUUGUAGAAAAAAAUAAGUAGAAUGUCAGCUAGAUAAUGCAUAAUACCUUAUGUUUGUGAUAAUGUUGAGCAAGGAACGUCUAUUCGCAUAAUAUUGCACAAAAAAGAAGAUGAAUCAAAAGUUAAUACAUCACACUCUUAGAGAAGUGUAAGCUUAUUGGACUAAUCGCUAGUUUUAACAAAGAGAGACAAAAUUUUUUUAAGUUAUUGGAUUAAAAAUUAAUAAAAUCAUAAUAAAAAAGAGUAGGAGUUAAAAAUUAAAUUGAGUGAGUUAUUAGUAUAAAAAAGAGAUGAUGUAAUAUGCUUUUUGAGUAAAAGAUUACAAUAAAAGUCUUAUAUUGGUACUCUGAUAAAAAAGCAAUAUUUAUUUAACUCUUAUUUCUAUAUUCAUAUCUACUUAAGCCACAAUAAAAUUAAAGACAUUAAUUUGGUUUCAACUAUAGAUAAGUACUGUAAAAUUAAAGAACUUCCAUUCAUUAUUUUAGUAGAUGCAGUUAACGUAGAUAGUCAAGAAAAAAUUAUUCCAUUAGAGCUUCCUAUAGAAACAUUAAUUGGCAUCUUUCCGAGAGAUGAGAUUCUUACUUCAAUAACCUAAUUAUUAUUGACUGGUUAAAUACAAAAAAAUUUUAAAAGAAAAUUAAUGCCUUUUAUUGAAGAAAAAAUUUUUAUAAUGCUAUCUACAAAUAACUAAAGAUAACGACAAGGCUACUAUUCUAUGAAAAGCAGUUAAACAACUUAAACAAAGCAGUAAAAAGUAGCAUUCUAAACUGCAAAAUUUGAUGAAUUUAGCUAAUUACACAUGGAUCCUUCUCUCAUUUAUCAAGAUCUACCUCGUAUAUUUUCUGAAAAAAUCAAGUAGUAGAUUGAGCCUACAAUUUAUGAAAAGCUAUUUGAAAAGCUAUUUAACGAAGUGUAUGAAAAAGAUUUCAUAAAUCGCAGAAAUGUUGAUGUGGAUGCUAUUUUCUAAAACAUCAGUUAAUAAAACAAUGUUUUAAAAUAGAAUGCCCUAUAGGAAGGAGAAAUCGAAAUGUAAAGCUAAUAAUAAAUUAAUACUUAGCAACAAAUGCUUUCUUUAAACAACUCUUUUACAAAUACCAAUUUAAUAGAUCAAGCUAGUAACUUAGAUGAAAGUCUUUAGUAUUAAUUUGGGACAAAUAAUUUCGAAGAUGUUGAUAAACAGAAUCCUACAUUCUCAGCAAAUCCUAUUUCUAGGAAAUAAUUAACACAAUUAUCUAACAACUAUUCAAACUUACUCAAUAAUAAUAAGUUCUUAAAUAUUACCAAAAACGUUAAAAAUGAAGUAAAAUAAUUAGAAAAGCACAGAAAAAGGAUUAUCAAAAACAUAAAAUUAAUUUAAGACAUUUAAAAUAACAUCCUUGCCUAGCCAAAUAUUUCGAUUAACAAUAUUAGCUUAGAUUCUUCAUUUGUUUCUACCAAUAACUUGUAAGGUAGUUUUUAUCAAAACGACUAAAACAUUCAGCUUAAUAAUAUUUAUAAGCAAGAAUAAGUUUUAGAUAAACUUUAUAGAUAACUUAGAAAGGCUGAUUAUCAAAUGGAUUGGUAAGUAUAUGGAUUGUUUGGAAGAUUUUUGAUAUAUGUAAAUGAGCUUGGAAAAAUAAAUUUUAAAAUUAACAAUUUCUUGCCAAAGCUUGAACUCACAUUUGACUAAAUUACCAACAAACAACAAAAUAUUAUUAUUAAUAUUUUAAGCUAUGCUGUCAAUCUAAGAUAUGAGGAGCAAAAGCCUAUUUAAAAUACUAAAACUAUGCUAAGAUAUAUGCUUUAAAACAUGGUUUAGAAAGACUUUAGAUCUCUUACUAGUUUUCGCUUUUUUCCCAGGAAACCUUCAGAGUAUGGAACAUAAUAAUUAAUUUUGUCUAACAAUAGUUCUGUGUAGUACCACUUAAAUCUUCAAACAAAAGAAUUUCUUUCACAAUACUCAAAUAUUAAAUAAACCUUUGCAUAUGGCUUGAAAAAUAUAGGAAGAAGUCUUGUUGUAGGUUUCAGCUUUACUUCUAAUUUAGAUAUAUCUUCAUCAAAAUACUCAAUUUUAUUAUCUAUUAAUGUUAUGCCACUUCUCUCCAAAACUAUUAUGUAUAAAACAAUAUUAAGCUUACAAGAUUUAUCUAUAUUAGACCCUCAGAAUAGUGUCCGAAUAGUUUCUUCUAAAAUGGCAAGCUCUAUAGUAAUGUCUACUUUCAAAUCAAUCCUGAAAAAGAGCGUUUUUAUAAAUACUUAAAUUGGGAGGUUACCUGUUUUUCACUAUUCCUAAACAACUUACUUAUUUUAAAUAAACACACCAAGCACUUCGAAAAGACUUUUUAAAACAUAAGUCUAUGAAGGUAAGAAAUUAAGUGGGAUAUAUUCAAGAAACAACUAAAGACUGAGAAGUUUGUAAAAUAAUCAAAACUUCGAAGAGGCAUCAGAAGCAGCUUUUAAUAGUUCUGUACAGGGAGAUGAAGAGAUGUUUUAAUGGAACAACCACUUAAAUUAAUUAAGAAUAUUUAGAAAUAGUAUGAUAAAACUAAAUUUUGAUUAAAAAGUGGCAGAAAAAUAAACCCAAAAUUUUCUAAAUGAAGAUAUUGUUAGAUACAGGUUUAUUUUUUCAAUCUCUAAAGUUUUUUAAAAUGAAUACAUCCUUGUUAGCGUCUUUAGGGAUUUACUUUAGCAAAAUUGGCUCAUUAAGUUUUACUUUCCUAGAAAUUGUAGGUAUCUUUAGUGUCACUUAGAUUCAAGUGAUUUAUUCUAGUCUAGCUCGAAGUUCCUAAAAAAGACUAUUAGCAAUCAAAUACUAUGGCUUAGUCAUGAAAAUGAAUACCAAGAUAUAUUUCAAUCUUACCUGGAUUUUUAAAAGCGUCUUAACUUAAAAGGGCUAUCGGAUAGCUCAUAAAUAUAAUAAUAAAAUGAAACAUUUAUUUAAAGCCCUGUUUUUCUAAAUAAAAAAAGAGGCACUCUACAUUUAAGUAAACAUGAUCUCAAAAAAUAUUCUAUUAUAUAAGCAAGUAAUGCCAAUAAUCCUGCUAAUGAACGUAGAAAUAUGAGUUAUGUUUUUCAAAAAUCACCAUUUAGCAGUAGAUCUCCUUCACCUACUAAAAGAAGUGAGAUAUCUCCUAAUUCAUAUAAAAAUGAAUACUAGUAGUCACCUUAAGGAAAUAAUGUUAUUUUAUCUAAAUUUUUUGUUCAAAAAAAAGCAGCUGAAACUGUUAAAAAUAAAAGUGAUAAAAUGAAAAUGAAAUCAAGCACUCAUAAAAAUUAGAAAAAAUCAAUUAUUCAAAAUGAACCUACUGUCGACAGCUAAUAUGAUAUGACAUCUAAAAGUAUCGGAAUUAAAACCGGAGGGUUUUAGGAUUACUUAAGGAGUUAUAUAUAAACUGAAAGAUAAAUCCCACUUAAGAAAAGGUAGCUUUCAGGAAUAUUCAAUGGGUCACAUGGAUCACUAAAUAAUAUUGGAUCAGAAAGAGCAUUGUAUGUUUAGCGUAACGAUAUUAAUAUUAAUAAUUCAUUUAAUGAAGAAAAUGAAAAAGUUAAAAAUCGUAGCAUUAAUAACUUACCAUAUAUAAUUCCAUCUAAUUCUAGUUUAGAAUAAUAAGAGAAAAAACAAUCCCAUUAAACAAGAACAAGCAAUCAUAUAGUGUUUGAAGAAUAAUUUAAAGAAAAAGAGCAUGAUUAGUCUUAGAAUUUAAUAAGAAGUAAGAUGGAAAAAAUCCAAACAACAUAAGAAAAUCAAACUGAAAGCAGAAGCGGAGAAAUAAAAGAAACAUCUUAAAAAUCGAUAAGUAGCUCCUAAAAAAUUAAAGAAAAAGAGGAAUAAAAAGAAAAUGUUAUUUAAAAAAAGAAAAAUUUGAGAGAUAUCGUACAUAAACAUUUGAAGUCUGUUAAAAUUAUAAAUAGUGUUAAGAGUAUUGUAGAGUAUUUGAAACCCAAAAGAAAUGAUAAAAUAAAUAGAAUAGAAAGAUUAAAAAAUAUGACUUUAAUCCAAGAUCAGUCUUUUAUAGAUACAAUAAAGCAGUUUGAUAUGAGCAAAAAUAUAAGAUUAAGAAAGCAAUAACAACACUUUAAGUUAAAAUAAGAAAAAAAUGAUAGAUAUUAUGAACUUAAAAUAUGGGAAAAUAUCAUUAAUUACUCAAAUUUGAGAUUAACAUGCUUAUAAUUAGAUUUAGGAGGAGAAGGAAUCAAUCUAAAAGAAAUUCUCAUUUCUAAAUAUCUCAGAGUUGAUAAGACCAGCGAGAACUUUUUCGAAAUAAGUAUUGACUUGCUAGAAGUUUUGUAGCAAAAAAAUAUGUAAAUAUAAAUGUAAAAUAAUGGUGGAUAGAAUUAGAAUUUUGAAAUCAACUUUAAAAAUAUUGUGACUCAACAUAUCGAGUAGUAAUUAAAUUAAAAAGCCAAAAAGAAAUAAGAAGCUAUACAAGAAGGAAUAAAAGAAGAGUAACUGAAAAACAACUAAAGUUCUAAGAAAGAUAGCACAAAAGAUAAUAAAGAAUAAACAUUUAGAAAAGUAAGAGAAAAUCCAAAUAGAAGUAUGACAUUCGUUAAAAAUUUUACAGGGAUUGAUUACUUCUACCCCAUAGAAUACAUUCAAUAUGCAGCAACAAGUGCAUUCAACUUUACUAUUUCUCAUAUGAAUUUAAAUUAAGCUACAUUCUAAGAUAUUUAUUUAAAUUGCAGAGAAAUAACAAAUGUGUUUAUUGCUGAAGGUUACUUUAAGUAUUAAGCUAAUUAUAUUUAUUCAAAUAUUAACUAUGCAGAUUUUUGCAAUCUUGCUCAAUUUAUCCUAUACAAAAUAUGUAAUUCUAAUUUCCUUGAAAUGUUAUAUGACAAAUCUGAAUAGAAGAGAAUUAAAAAGGAAGAUUUAAACAGAUUCAAAGUUAAUAACAUCCCUAAAAAAUAUAAUAAAAAAAAUAUUAGGUUUAUUAAUCCUCAAAACAUUUAAUUUAUGCACACAAAAAUUGUAAAUCCAUUUAAAAGAACGUACAUAAGAACUCUAAUAUCUACUCAUGAUAUGACAUUUAACUUAGAAAUGUUUUAAAUAUCAACAAAAAACUCCAUAAAAAUUACUAAAUCUUUUAUAAAAAUGAUUAAGAAAAUUCCAUUCCUUAGGCAACAUUUUGAAAUGGGAGAAAUAUUCUAUGUACUAAGGCACAUUACUGAUUACUAUGAGCAGUAGUUAACAAUAGCAUGGUCUCUUAAGUAUGUAUGA